CAAGCAAUGCUUCUAUCCCCCAUUUAUACCUCAACGUUCUCUACAGCUCACACUCGCACACUUAAACAAUUUCUUCUGUGGAAAAAAGAGAAGAAAAUGGGUAUGUCACCAGAAGCAGUACUCCCAGUCUCUUGCUUCGGAUGGGCAGCUAGAGACACAUCUGGACACCUCUCCCCUUUCAACUUCUCUAGAAGGGAUACUGGUGAUGAGGAUGUGAGAUUCAAGGUUUUGUAUUGUGGGAUUUGUCACACUGAUCUCCAUAAUGCCAAGAAUGAUUGGGGCGUUUCCAUUUACCCUCUAAUUCCUGGCCAUGAGAUUGUGGGAGUAGUGACUGAAGUGGGGAGCAAGGUGAAAAAAGUUAAAGUGGGAGAUAAAGUGGGAGUAGGAUGCAUGGUUGGUUCAUGUCGAUCAUGCGAGGACUGUUCCAAUGACCUUGAAAAUUACUGCCCUAAAGUGGUAUGGACCUAUGGUGUUCCUGACUAUGAUGGGAUGGUCACAUAUGGUGGCUACUCCGAUCACAUGGUUGCCAAUGAGCACUUCAUUAUUAGAUUCCCGGAAAACAUGCCACUUGAUGCCGGCGCUCCCCUACUGUGUGCUGGAAUCACAGUUUAUAGUCCCUUGAAAUAUUUUGGGCUGGACGUACCUGGUACACAUGUUGGUGUGGCUGGCCUAGGUGGGCUUGGUCAUGUUGCUGUUAAGUUUGCUAAGGCUUUUGGUGCAAAAGUGACAGUGAUUAGUACCUCUCCUACGAAGAAACAAGAAGCUUUGGAGCAUCUUGGUGCUGACUACUUUUUGGUCAGUAGUGAUCAAGACCAGAUGAAGGCUGCUAUGCGAACAAUGGACGGUGUCAUUGACACCAUUUCCGCAAAUCACUCUAUUGUGUCACUGACUGGGCUGUUGAAGUCUAAUGGAAAACUUAUUCUAGUUGGUUUACCAGGGAAACCGCUUGAGCUGCCUGCCUUUGCUGUGGUUGCUGCAAGGAAGACAGUAGCUGGGAGCUGCAUUGGAGGAAUGGAGGAGACACAAGAGAUGAUUGACUUCGCGGCAAAGCACAAUAUAACAUCAGACAUUGAAGUUAUUCCAAUGGAUUAUGUGAAUACUGCAAUGGAGCGCCUUGUGAAAAACGAUGUUAGAUAUCGAUUCGUCAUUGACAUUGGAAACACCAUGGCUGCUACCAAACCUUGAUGAUGAGACCAGUUAGCCCUUACGGUUUUUUGAAUGUGAUGUAUUUCAGUGGUACUAUUUGUGGUGUCUGUUUCUUGAAUGCUAUGUAUUCCGUCGAUUCACGUCGGUUGAAUUAUUGGUCAAUAAAAAUGAGAUUGUUGGAGUAGUCAUGGAGGUGGGAAGUAAUGUACAAAAGUUCAUAAUUGGAACAAAGUUGGUGUAGGUUGCAUUAUAAGA